CAGGGAAAGGACCCCAAACCAGAAGAUCUUCAAAAGUUUUAUAAAGACAACCAGAUUCCACUUGUGGGGCAGAUGAGCCUACAUAGCAAAGAAAAAGUGUACACUAAGCGGCCUCUGUGUGUUGUCUACUAUGGUGUCGACUUCAGCUUUGACGGUCGGCAAGGUGGGCUAAAUUUUGACUGUUGUUCUUUUGCUUACACUAUCAGUGAAAACCAGGUUUGAAAGGCUAUAAUAGAGAGCUGUAGAUUCUGAGAAGAGGACGACUACGGGCACGAGAUUGUCUCAGUACUAAUUCUAGUGCUCUUGCGUGAACCAAUCGUCACUUUGGCGGGAAAAGGUGAUAGCCGUCAUUAUUCUUCUACGAGUUUUAGCGAGAGAAGGGACCUUAAGAAACUACGAUGGCGACGGCGACGGCAACGUCAAAAAGCAAUGGGUCUAGUUAGCAAAACAAUAGCUCUGCACGUGCAUCACGGUUUUUUUGUACAUUUCUUUGCCGUCCCUGCGCGACUACGACGUGAAAUGACCAAAAAAUUUAAGCUUUUUUGAGGACGGGAACGGCAAGGCGUUAAAAAUUCUACUAUCUCUGUCUGAACUAAGGUGCGGCCCCCUCUCUUCAGCUCCAACAUAAAUUUCCUUCUUUUAAGUAACUGUGCGACUCGGGAUAAUCGCCAAAUGGUUUGAAAGGAUGCGGAGUCUAUUUUUCAGCAAGGUUUUCCUGGACGUCGCCGUUGUCGGAUUGUAAGGUCCCUAAUGUCCUAGUGGCGGCAACAAGUUAUCAGUUUUUUAGAAAAUCAUUUUGCCACCGGGAAAGGGCUAAACCUUCUCCAAUAAAAGUAACCCUACUAAUUUUUCGGGUGAAAAAUAGUACAAUGAAGCUUUCGGGGGUUGAAUUCUUUUCGACGGUACCCGAAAAAACGUUAAGUUAAAUCUCGUACUCGUAGUCGCCCUCAUCCUUAAAUCUUAAGUUCUCUAAUAUAAGCCUGAAAAAAACAACCGAUGUCUCGCGACGCCACCACAAGUUCCCUAGCCUGGGACAAGGCUCCGCAGUGGACGAAAAAGGCGGAAAAAACAAUCGACACGUGAAGCGAACCGGCGGGAGUAAUUUGUUUUUGCUGUUUCACUCCAUUCUUUGCCUUCCCCCCCCCUCCCCCCGCCCCCACUUCGUUGCCUGGUCCCAUAUCUGGGUAGUAAUUCUGAUUGAUCGUGCGAGGGAAAUUUUCUUCAACCAAUCAGAAGCACUUCCUAGUUCUGGGUAGUGACACGUCAUCAGUAUGGAAUUUCUGGGCUCGUUCUUCUGACGUCAUUUUGCAGUAUUAGCGUCGAGAAAUGUCGGCUGUUAUCUCAGGCCACUGCAAUGUAUGUCACUGAAGUAUCCUUUCCGACUGGCAGUCGAUGUUCUUUAGCUUUUUUGGUAAUAAAAAGUACUUCUUUAAAAAAACUGGUUUUUUNGUUUUUUUGUGAUAGAAACCGCAGUGUGUUUGAAUGAAAGAUUGACUUUUUUCAGCUUAGUGUUGCUGUUAUUUUUAUAAAGGUGUUUUUUCGCUGCCAGGAAUGACUGUACCUUCUAAACCAGAUGUAAACCAUAAUUAUUCUACCAUACGAAAAGUCGUCAAUUUAUUAAAUAAAGGAAAAUUUAACCUUUAUAAAAAAAAUUUGAACCCCUAUCGCUUUUAGGACCUGGGAAGUGCGCGCCCAAAGCGCUCCCAAAAAGACAGGACAUUUUCUGCUGCUUUUCCUGUGUUGUGAUCAAUUUAUUUUCACUUAUCAGUUGGCUUUGUCAGCGUGAUCGUGUCAUUAGACUGCGCCUGUAUUGACUAGUUUAUUUCCUUGCAUCUCUUUCUAGCCACAGAGUUUUGGCGCCAAAAGGUUCUGAAAGUGGCCAAUGAGCAUCGUGACAUCACGUUUGCUAUUGCUGAUGAAGCAGAGUUUGAGAACGACCUCAAGGAAUUUGGACUGGACGAUUCUGGAGAGGAAAUUAGCGUGGGUUGCUUUGACGAGUUGAACAGGAGAUACAGAAUGGAACCUGAUGAAGAAUUUAGCGAAGACAGCUUGCGUGACUUUGUGGAACAAUUUAAAGAAGGUAAACCCGUGCUUCAUGUAUUUUUUGUAGUUGCUGUUGUUGUUGCAUAGCUGCCGCUGUUUACUAUUUUUCCAGGGCUAGAUGCACAAGCAGCCUUUCGCUCCAAAGUGUCAAAAGUGCCAAGCCUUUUUGCAAAGUUGGGUGGGAGGCUGCCAGGGAAGGGUGCGGGCAGAAGAGGGAGGUUCCAAAUCCUCUGAAAUUGGUCACUAAGAAAAUCAUCUACAAAGCAAUUCAGGGGGCAUUCGCACAUCUCGUGUAGUAGAACAAUAUCUUCACGUUUUUUACCUUGGCGUCUUAGUUUUCGCUUUCACAGUAGAAGGUGGGCGAAACACGUGCAUCGCAGGUGUUUGGGAGCAACAAAAAACUAUGAACGACCGCUUCAAGUUUAAUAAUUUAUCCUGAUUGUAGUGAAUGUAAGUAAGUCUUUACACAAAGAGAAGGAAUGGGAGUCCGCACAUCCUCCCCUUGCUUUGCCCCUACAGGGCCUGAAAAACAAUUGAAGUCGUUCGAUUGACAACUUUUUUAAAUAAAAUCAUUGAUUUAUUUACAAGAUAACUUGCCUGGACCUUUGCCCAUGAGGAAAGUGAGCUUAAAGAGUUGCUUGCCUAGCAAGAAAAUGUACUUGUCACGAACGAGCGGACGGGGUUUUUUCGAGCCCUGGCCUGUUUAAUUGGCAAUAUCUCCUUUACGCAGAUAACUUAUAAACGUUAACAUUUUUCGUAACAGGAAACCUCAAACCCCAAGUGAAAUCUCAGCCAUUACCAAAGAAAAAUACAGGUCCCGUCACAGUUGUGGUAGGAAAAACAUUCGAAGAAAUCGUGAUGGAUCCCAAAAAAGACGUGCUAAUUGAGCUGUAUGCGCCAUGGUGCGGUCACUGUAAGGCCCUGGAACCCACCUACAAGAAACUAGGGAAACACUUUAAAGAUGAAACCAACUUGGUCAUCGCUAAAAUGGACGCUACUGCCAACGACAUUCCUCCGGGAUAUAGCGCAGAGGGUUAUCCAACCAUCUAUUUUGCUCCGGCAAACGAUAAGAAGAAACCGAUCAAACACGAAGGCGAGAGAGGACUUGAUGACCUAAUUAAAUUUAUAAAGGAAAAAGCGACGGUCUCGCUGAAAAAGGCCAAGGAAGAACUAUAA